UGCAGGAUCUGCUUAGUCUAAAACCUGGUCUACUCAUUGGUAUAUGCUGUUUUCCAUUUCUGAAGUGUAUUUUGGGAUAGUUUGCUUCAGUUUUUUCAGUUUUGCUUCAGAUACUCUGAGGAGUUGUGCAUAGAGUGUGAUUUAGUUUCCAACUGACGAAAAUUGCUGUACAUCCAAGGUAUGAAACAAAAUGUCGGUAAGCGAAAAGAGCGACAAUUUGGUUUAUUCCUACGAGUCUUCUGUACACAGUACCAGUGUUCUCCUGAGCCUCAAUGAUCAAAGGAAACAAGAUCUCUUUUGUGAUGUGACUGUGGUUGUAGAAAACAAGACCUUUCGUGCUCAUCGUUCUGUGCUUGCAGCCUGCAGUGAUUAUUUUCUGUCAGCAGUGACAUGGAGAAAAGAUCUUAACAUGCUUGUUACACUUCCUGAGGAGGUUACAGUUAAAGGUUUUGCACCACUUCUUCAGUUCGCAUACACUGCCAAACUUCUUUUGAACAAAGAAAACGUGUUGGAUGUCUGUAGAAGUGUAGAAUUUCUUGGCAUCCAUAAUAUUGAAAAAACGUGCUUCAACUUUCUUCAAGCCAGACUUUUUGGAAAGGAGAGAGGUCAUGCAGGAUUUCCAAGAAAGGCGUGUUGUACAUCUCAUUGUCAAAAAACAAAUCUAAAAAUUCCUGUUGGUGACAAUGAAAAUUCAGAAGCCGAUGACGAUGUGGAAGAAUUUCUCGAGUCCGAAAAUCCCAAGAGUCCUUGUCCUAAAUUGCGUAAAUGCAUUGAAGUUGGAAAAAUUUGCCCAAAAGGUCAAAAUGAAACCACUGAUGUCAAGUACUCGUGUUUGAAACAAACUGGAUGGGCUAGUUCAUCUCUUUGUCCUAAGUACCGAAAGUUUCAGUUAGCCUGUGGGAAAGAACGACUGACAUCCUGGGGUAAUAAUUUGUCAUUGCCAAAUUCUUCAUUGCAGCAUUUACUUUCCACACAGCAAAUUGAAUCUUGUCAAAGCUUGACCUUCCCUUUUGAGUCAGAGGAUGAGCGUGCAAAACUUAUUGAAAAGGAUAGUGACAGCACAUCAAUGGAAGGAGAAGGUGGAGUCUGUGAUGAAGAAAACUUUGACAAGAAGAACCAAAUGAAUACAAGUUAUCCAUUAGUGCAAGGUUCUAUCCCUGAAGUAACACAAUGGCCAUCAUCACAAAAUAUCUCAGGUAUUCAACAAAGUUGUGCUGGAGAGCAUUAUGACUUGCCUUGUUCUCGGGCAGAGCCAUUAGUCCCAUUAAUGUUGCAGGAUGAAAAUCUGCAAAAGAACAGUGCUCCUCUUGCAAGUAUUGAAGAAACUAAGCUCGAAAUUAAUCAAGAAUGUGAUCAGUCAAGGUGUUCAGAAAGAACAAGUGGAGACCCUGAGAGAAAAUCAGUUAUUUUUAGCUCAGGUUAUUCUCAAAGACGAGAGACUCCCAAUGUGGUCUCCAGUGGGCGAAGCACUGUGGAAAGAGAGGUGGCAGAACACUUAGCAAAAGGAUUCUGGAGUGAACUUUGUGGUGCACAGGCUAGAUGUGAGACUGAAUCUUUGGCUAAGGAGGAAAGUUGCUCAGGGCAGUUCAAUUUGGAGAGAAUUUCUCAGUGCCCACAGUUUUCGACGGAGCCUUGCCAAACCCUUGAAGGAAGCAAUCAAAGUUCUUUCCUACUGCACUAUACCUCAACGUCUUCACAGCUACCUGAGUCUACCUAUAGCUCUUUGAAGUGCCCAUUUGCAUUUGAUACUGGAAAUUCUGUAUGUUCCAGCAGCUCAGGUAUUGAGGAGCUUGAAAGUGACCAGGGACAGCAACAAGACAAAUAUGACACAUUUACUACAAACUCAGGAGAUGAAUUUGGGUCUGAAUCUGAGGAUGACAGUGAAUCAUGUUCUGCCCGCGAACAAGAAUGUGAGGUAAAACUACCAUUUCCUGUUGAGCGAAUUACAAUGUUGUCUAGAAAUGAUUUUCAAACGAUGCUGAAACUCCAUAAACUGAAUCCAGAACAGCUGGAUUAUAUCCACGAUAUACGUCGCCGCAGCAAAAACAGAAUUGCAGCUCAACGCUGUCGAAAGCGAAAACUUGACUGCAUUCAAAACCUGGAAUGUGAAAUACAUAAGCUGUUAUGUGAGAAGGAGAAGUUACUGCAAGAGAAGGGCCAGUUAAAAGUGUGUAUGGGUGAAACCUGGGAUAAUUUAUCUAGCCUUUGCAAGCAGGUGUGUAAAGAUGCAGCCCUGACUGCUGAACAAAUUCAAACACUAGCGAAAUAUUCUUCGCCCGAGUGCCCUCUUUCAAUACUGAACACUCAAAGAAACGUUGGCUCCAUUACUCGUACAAAUUUGAUUUCUUCAUAUCCGGGGUACUCCACUAAUCCUCAGAGUAUGGUCUGUAUUAGUGAGCAAAGUCCUACUGUACAGCUUCAAGAAAAAAUAAUGGAUGCACCCAACAGUACACGAGAAAGUAUUCCAGCAAGCCAGUUUGGGAUAGAACAGUGCUGCCAGGCUGUAAUGACUGAUUUCUGCCAAGAAAUGAUAGAGAAAUGUACCACAGAUGAAUAAUCCUGCUCUAUUUCAAUAGGAACCAAUUCUCUUUAGCCCCUGUGCUGCAUUUUCUUUGUGCAUCAAAUGGCCUUGAAGCUUGGAAUUCAGUUACAGGAAUUAACUGAGAAGCACAGUGGAUGUAGAUGAGCAAUGCAGAAUAUCUUCAAUUUUUUUUAAUGCAUGAAAUUUAUAUUGUCUCGAACCCGUGUGUUUUUUAAACAAAAUGUUCUUUUUGCAUUUAUAGAUUUUAACUUGUGAAACUUAUGCAAGGUUUAAAAAUUCUCGUAGCUUCAUUCAAUGUAAUGUAAGAAAUGUAGAUAUGGCAUGAAAUAUUUUGAAAUCCUCUGCUUAAUUGCAACUAUGUCAGGAUACGAAAGGGGAAGGAGAUCAACAUGUGCAUUCAAGUAAUCCAUAAACUCUAGUUUAUCUUUAACUACUUAUACAUUUCCUUAAACUUUUUAAACAUCCUUUUGUCAUCAAGACACCGGCGAGCCUACAUCUACUUGCAUUUUCCAGUGAAUUAACACCACUUUAAACAUGAACCUUUUAAAGCCCAUACAAGCCUCAAUUAUGAGGUGGUGUAGAAACUUUAAACAUUGGAGUUGUGCUUCAAUGAAGCUUUUUUUAAAAAAAACACUAAUUUAUCUCUCAAACAUCAGAAUAUUUUCAUCAAGCAUUACAUAUAUACACCAUUAUCUCUAUCGUACUAUUUGAUUUGAUAAUGGUGAGCUGGUAAUUGUGCCUGCAAAGCACAUGAAGAGUUUUUUCAGAGAACUAGCGCAGCCUCAAUUGGCCAAAUAACCAACUUCUGUGCUUGUUUUUCUUUCCCUCAAACGACACUCAUUUAUGUGGACUUGCUAAUUAUCUAGGUACGUUCAGUCAAUCAAAAGUAUGAAGGUGAGGUCUUGAGCCAUCUGUUGUCAGCAUGGAUAUGGUGAAUAAUCAACACUUCUUUCUGAAUGCGAGUUCUUUCUCAAACACUGGACUUUUGUUUUUGAAAAUUAAUAAGGUGGGAACUUUGUGCGUGCGUGACUACUUAAUGCCUAGGUAUAGUAUUGCGUUUGAUCCUCAUUCAUGUUUAAUUGUGAUAAUGGCACACCUGAGUUUGUUGUCUGGUGUUUUUGUUAAUUUCUGUCCUUGAGAUGGUCUGGUUGUGCCUGCAGAGUUUCAAAUUUUGGAGCAAAGUGGAGAAAAAGAGAAACUCUAACUGUGUCAAUAAAUUCUGAAGUAUCAAAGGCCUUGAAGGUAUUGGGAUAUGGCCAAGGCGUGAACUUCUUUCUCCCUUGGCUUCUCCCUACCCAAUCAUCAUUUUCUUUUCUUCCUUGCCCCCUGUCGUCAUUUCCUAAUAGAUAUGAGAGAUUUGUUGUCAUUAGUUGUGAAGCCUUAUUAAGUUUUUGUUGUUCUGGUUGACGAGCUUGUUGAGGCUUUCUUAUCUGAAGUUGAACUUGAGUUGUCUUGAUGAAUACUCAGUAUAAACAGUCUUCCCUUUUUGUAUUUUUUUGCCUUCCACCACUUAUUUUUGGAUGGAGGUGGAAGGAAUCUUUUUGAUAUAUGUACACUUCUUGUGCGCAAUACUUGAUUUUUUUUGAAACAGUUUCACAACAUUUUGACGACAAUUCGUGAGAAUUUUGAGUAUUGUAAAUAAAAUAGCAACUGUAAUGCUCCCUUAGUAAGACUUCAAUUACCAUCAGUUCCUAAAAGAAAAUAUUAAAGUUACUAAACAACUAAAGUUUGAAAUUCAAGUAGUACAGCUUUACUAAACAUUACUUGAAGAUGGAUUAUUAUAUGUAAAAGCUGGAUUUAAUUUUGCUGCUCAAAUCUUAUCUCAAAAAAAUUGACUUUUGUAUCCAUGUUUUACAGUUCAGUGUAGUGAAAUUAGCCUUUGUAGAAAGCCAGCAUUUGGAAAUGCCUAUACAUUGAUUGGAAUAGAAGGAAAUAGAAGCCACUUAUUCCAGCCAACAAACUUGACUACCUCAAUAUGAAACAAAUAUAUUAGGAGAGGCAAUAGUAUAUUUAAUUUGUUCCUGUAUCUGUGCAUUUUUAUUCUGGGGAUAAGGAAGAUUAAACUUGUUUGCCUGCAUAAGUUGCAUAUUUAACAUGAUGAUAAAUCAUCUCCCUGUAUUGGUGAGGAAAAUGAGAAAACCAUUUAAUGAGAGGAUGGUAUAGCUAGUCAGAAGUUAUUUCAGUGGACCACCCAGCACAGUGGUGUUGUCCAGGAUGUUGGAUUCCCUUUCAUAUUAUCAGUGUUCUUGUCAUCUUUCAUCACAUUGAAGCACAAGUUUGGUUACAAAGAUUUCUUUUGAGGUUGAAUUUUUCAGAUGCUGAGAACUCUCAAUUUAGGAUUAUUCUCUGGAAUACUGCUUUACAUUUAAAGAAAUUAGUUUUAAAAAAAGAAGUCAUCGAAUGUUAGCUUGUUUUGUGAACGUGAAGUAUUUCACCUAACGAGGCUGUUUCAUUUAAAUUGAAUUUGAUAAAUAAGCAAUUUCUGCUCCAGUUUAUUUUUGUUUCUCCAGUAGAGGGCAUCUGAGACUGAUUAUGAAGAAAAGUUUGUGCUAUUUCCUUUCAACUGAGUGAGGGGACACAAUGUAAAAAAAAUAUAAAUAUUAAACUCUGGCCAAAAGCUUCCUCCUAUGCUUAUAAUUCCUUUCAAUUUAUCUUGAACCUUCCUUCUUUUGCAAAGAAAAAACAAAUACACUAUGU